CGCGGGGCGGGGCUGCCCGCGCCGAGCACGUGACGUACGCGGGGGCGCUGCGGCGGCCCCGUACGGAUCACGUGAUCGGGCUCCGCCGGUCACGUGGUGCGGGCGCAGGGCGGCUUUGUGGCCGCCAUGUUGUGCGGCCCCGCUCCGGGCCGGGCAUGGCGGGGGCCGGCAGUAACUGGCUCUCGGGGGUCAACGUGGUGCUGGUCAUGGCUUACGGCAGCCUGGUCUUUGUGCUGCUGUUCAUCUUCGUGAAACGCCAGAUCAUGCGCUUUGCCAUGAAGUCCCGCCGUGGCCCGCACGUGCCUGUGGGGCAGCACGCGCCCAAGGAUUUAAAGGAAGAGAUUGACAUUCGACUGUCAAGGGUGCAGGACAUCAGGUAUGAGCCACGGCUGCUGGCAGAGGAUGACGGCCGGCUCCUGCAGCUGGAGACACCAGGCUGCUAUAACUACCUGUACCGGAUGAAGGCACUGGAUGCAAUCAGGACAUCAGAAAUCCCGUUUCAAGCAGAGGGCCGGUACCCCAAGUCUUUAAUAGGGAAGAACUUCUGUGCCUACCUGCUGGAACUGCGGAACUCCAGCACCUCCUUGAAAGGCAUCCGCAAAGCCUUGAUUGACACCCUGCUGGACGGCUACGAGAGUGCCCGCUAUGGCACUGGGGUCUUUGGGAAAAUGGAAUAUCUGAAGUAUGAGGAAGCUCUGAACGAACUGGCAAACAUAACCAAGGCCCGGGGUGGCAGCAGCCAGCGGCAGCACCAGUCAGCAGUGAAAGACCUCACUCUGUCCCCUGAAAUCUCCAGCCCCACCACCAUCCAGGUCACCUACCUUCCUUCCAGCCAGAAGAGCAAACGUGCCAAACACUUCCUGGAGCUGAAGAGUUUCAAGGACAACUACAACACGCUGGAGAGCACCCUGUGAGCGUGCAGGGGCCUGGUGCAGUGGGUAUGCUGGGCAGGUCUGGGCUUCAGCACUGACAGGAACCAGCUGCUCUCUCAGAUCUCCCCUCACACCACGUUGGAGAUCAUCUCUCGGCAGGGGCUCCCUUCCAACUGCUGGAGUUUGGCCCUCACCAGGAGCCCAUUUUGGAGCUGCUGAGCCCACGGGGAUCAGCCCCACGGCCUUCUCUGCCACAGGCUUAUAACACUCCAGGCUUUGAGUCUUGCACUGUCUUGGACCCUGUGAAUAAACUCAUGAGCUUGAGCUUAUUUAUAAAGACCUGGAUCCCAGCCAGCGCUCCCCUCUACCCGUCCUUCCCUGCGGCAGCUGGCGGGAGCUGUUUGUCCGUCCUGUCCGUGUGGGUCUUGGGUACUGGAGCCACUUGUCUGUUUUUUUCCGAAGGGUGAACACUUCUCCCCAUGAUGUCAUUGUUCCUGCUGUCAGCCCUUUGUGCCCAGCCUGCCUGGAUGGGGUAGAAAUAGUUUGGUGCCUGUUCUAGCACCGUGGCUAAGGUACCGCUUUGGGCUGAGGUUUUACUCGUUCUUCUGCAGCCGGGCAUUUGGGGACAUCUCGAGUGGACAAAGCAGUGUUAAAUGUCCCAUCUGUUCUGCCACGGGGGUGUUUGCUCCCACUCUCACCAGCGCCUCACAUGCCAGCGUGUGCCCAGCUCCUGGGGCUGGAAGCUCGUGGCCCCACCUUGAGUCUGAGUUGUGUCAGGCUGAGGACAGCGCCGGCAGCUCGCCCGUCACUGGCGUGGGCGACACAGAGUGGAGGGUACAGACCUCGGCACUUUUUAAUUACUGUUUAAUAAAAUGACAGUUUAGCUCAA